UUGGCCAAUGGGGACGCAUCAAAUGGACGUUUACGUGAUAUGCGAGUUUCUGUGCAUAUGUGUGUGUGUGAAUGGUAAUGCAAAGGUGAAUGCAUGUGAAGUGAACAUCUCUUUCACACCAAGCGUUUGCAUCUACUCUGUGACGAAGAAAGGGGGGGACGUCACACCAAGAGAGAGCCAAUCACAUAUUAGCUGUUUGGAUUUAUGCCAGGCCUUUUGGCUUGUAAGACUUUAGUACGAGUGGCAAAAGCCAGUUUUUUUUUUUCCAAAAAAACGCCUGAGACAAGAUGCCUUAUACGCCAUCUGGCUUUUUUUGCGACCGGUUGAUCCGGGAACGAGAGAGGAGAGACGGGGAAGGAUCUCUGAACAAGCCCUUGCGCUUCAACGGCCAGGACUAUAACACCCUCAGACAGGAGUUCCUUCAGAGGAAGACCCUGUUUGAGGAUGAGACUUUUCCGGCCACUGUGGAGUCUUUGGGCUUCAAGGAGCUCGGACACAAGUCCAACAAGGUCAAGAACAUCGUCUGGAAGAGACCCAAGGAAAUCUGUGAAAAUCCUCAGUUCAUCGUUGGAGGAGCCAGUAGGACAGAUAUCUGCCAGGGAGAUCUAGGUGACUGCUGGUUGCUGGCUGCUAUUGCCUGUCUCACCCUGAAUGAGAAGCUUCUGUACCGUGUGGUGCCCCCGGACCAAAGCUUUUCAGAAGGUUAUGGUGGAAUCUUCCACUUCCAGUUCUGGCGUUAUGGUGACUGGGUGGAUGUCAUCAUCGAUGACCGCAUCCCAACUUUCAACAACCAGCUGGUCUUCACUAAGUCCGCUGAGAGGAAUGAGUUCUGGAGCGCCCUGCUGGAGAAGGCUUAUGCCAAGCUUCAUGGUUCUUAUGAGGCUCUGAAGGGUGGAAACACCACCGAGGCCAUGGAGGACUUCACUGGUGGAGUCACUGAGUUCUACGAGAUGAAGGAGGCUCCCAAAGAACUCUACAAGAUCAUGAAGAAAGCUCUGGAGAGAGGGUCGCUCAUGGGCUGCUCCAUCGAUUCCCUGGUUCCUGCCCGCUUUGAGACACGUACGGUGACGGGACUUGUGAAGGGACAUGCCUACUCUGUGACAGCAGUGGAAGAGUGCCGACCGUCUCAGCACAAGGAGUCUAAAGUUCGUCUGGUGCGUCUCAGGAACCCGUGGGGUCAGGUUGAAUGGAAUGGUCCCUGGAGUGACAACUCCAAGGAGUGGGCCACACUUUCUAAGGUUGAAAAGGAGAAGCUUCAACAUCAAAGUGCAGAAGAUGGAGAAUUCUGGAUGUCAUUUGAGGACUUUAAGAAGAACUACACCAAGAUUGAGAUCUGUAAUCUCACCCCUGAUGCGUUGGAGGAUGAUAAGAUCCACAAGUGGACGGUUUCUGUGAAUGAGGGGCGUUGGGUGAGAGGCUGCUCCGCUGGAGGAUGCAGGAACUAUCCUGACACUUUCUGGACCAAUCCUCAGUACCGCCUUCGCCUGCUGGAGGAGGAUGAUGACCCUGAGGACAACGAGGUGGCCUGCACCUUUGUGGUGGCGCUGAUGCAGAAGAACAGACGGAAAGAGCGCAAGAUGGGAGCCAACCUCUUCACCAUCGGAUUCGCCAUUUACGAGGUGCCAAAGGAGAUGCAUGGAAACAAGCAGCACAUGCAGAAGGAUUUUUUCCUAUUCAACUCCUCCAAGGCGCGCUGUAAAUCCUACAUCAACUUGCGUGAGGUGACCCAACGUUUCCGCCUGAGCCCUGGCGAGUACGUCAUAGUACCCUCCACAUAUGAGCCACAUCAGGAGGGAGAGUUCAUCCUGCGAGUCUUCUCUGAAAAGAAGAACACCUCAGAGGAGAUAGAGAACAGGAUCGAGGCUGACCAUCCAGUGCCAGCACCAGCUUCAGCGGGGGAAGAGAGCGAGGAGGACCAGCAGUUCCGGACUAUUUUUCAGGAGAUAGGCGGCGAGGAUAUGGAAAUAACAGCCAACGAACUGAGAAACGUUCUCAACAGAGUGAUCACCAAGCACAAGGACCUGAAGACGGAGGGUUUCAGCCUGGAGAGCUGCAGGAGCAUGAUUGCUCUGAUGGACGUAUCCUUUAUGGAUGGGACCGGUAGACUCAACCUUCAGGAGUUCAGACACCUGUGGAAUAAGAUCAAACAGUGGCAGGGAAUUUUUAAACACUAUAACACCGACCAGUCCGGUAUCAACAGUUACGAGAUGAGGAAUGCUGUCAAUGAUGCAGGCUUCCGUCUCAACAACCAGCUCUACGACAUCAUCACCAUGCGCUACGCAAACGAGAGCAUGAACAUCGACUUCGACAGCUUCAUCAGCUGUCUGGUCCGGCUCGAAGCCAUGUUCAGGGCGUUCCAGGCCUUUGAUAAGGAUGGAGAUGGUACCAUCAGACUCAGUGUCCUGGAGUGGCUCCAGCUGACCAUGUACGCCUAGAAAGCCCAACCAUCUCCCAGGUGAGCUCCACUCCAUGCGAGGACCAGACCUGCCAGCCUUUACCUCAAAACUCAGUGUGCCUGACUACCGUUAGCCUUCAUGCACCUCACCUCCAGCUCUGCUCCUUCUACUCCAAAAUGUCCUUUCAUUUGAUCUUUCCAUUUUUCUCAGCAGGUCUCAGGCCUUUUGCAUUUCCUUCUCUGCCUUUGUCCUCCCACCUCUUUCUCUCAUCAAAAUAUCAGUCUCAGUCAUAAGCUCUGUUCUGAUUUUUUUUUUUUUAAUACAUACUUACCAUUAACAUUUGUACCAUCUCAGGCAGCAAACACAUACGACCUCUUUUAUUCUGUCAUAAUACCUCACAGAGCCUCACCCAGCAAACCCACCUCUGUACCAUUCAUAUCCCCAGCUAACAUCUUCUCCUUCAGCCUCCCUGUGUUUUCUUCUCCUUUUAUCAAACUGAGCAGCAAGGCCUUUCUUCCUGUAUUCAUUCCAGUGAACUGGGCUCUCUGGUGGACAGUGAAUAAAAACUGUGAUUUACUCUCGAACCUGUUAUUAACUAAGAAUCUGUACAAGUAGGGCCUAACAAGGAUUGAAAAUAUCACUGUUUCCUCAUUAAGUUUUUGUUUUAUUUGCUGAUUUUUUUUU